CGCAGGCCCCUCUGGCCGCGGGCUUGCUCCGCCCUGUCGGUUAGUCAGCGCGUCUGUCAGUCGGUUCGUCCUGGCCGCUGGCCUCGCCCUCGCCAUGGCCCCCUGGCUGCCCCUGUUGUCUUUGCUGGGGCUGCUCCCGGGCGCUUCCUCAGCCCCGCCCGGCCGAGCCGCCGGUGCUCAGUCUUGGGAGGCCGCGUCCUCGGAGCUGCUGGGGCCCGCCCGCUUCGCCCUGGAGAUGUACAACCGCGGUCGGGCUGCCGGGGCGCGGGCCGCGCUGGGAGCCGUGCGCGGUCGCGUCCGUCGGACGGGCCAGGGGUCGCUGUACUCCCUGAAGGCGACGCUGGAGGAGCCGCCCUGCAAUGACCCCAUGGUGUGUCAGCUCCCUGUGUCUAAGAAAACUCUGCUCUGCACCUUCGAAAUCCUCGAUGAGCUGGGAAAACACAUGCUGCUGAGGCGGGACUGUGCCCCAGUGGAUACCAAGAUUACAGAUGACAGAAACGAGACUUUCAGUUCAUUCCUUCCACUGUUAAACAUGGACCCCCUGCCCAAGGACCUUUCUGUGAAGAUGGCUUCGAUCUUCAAGGACUUUGUCACCACCUAUAAUCGGACAUAUGAAACAAAGGAGGAAGCCCAGUGGCGCAUGUCCGUCUUUGUCAAUAACAUGGUGCGAGCGCAGAAGAUCCAGGCCCUGGACCGUGGCACAGCUCAGUAUGGCGUCACCAAGUUCAGUGACCUCACAGAGGAGGAGUUCCGAACCAUCUACCUGAAUCCCCUCCUGAAAGAGGAGCCCAGAAAGAAGAUGCGCCUAGCCAAGUCCAUCAGCGACCCUGCCCCACCUGAGUGGGACUGGAGGGACAAGGGGGCUGUCACCAAAGUCAAGAACCAGGGCAUGUGUGGCUCCUGCUGGGCCUUCUCAGUCACAGGCAACGUGGAGGGCCAGUGGUUCCUGAAACAGGGGGAUCUGCUCUCCCUGUCUGAACAGGAGCUCGUGGACUGUGACAAAGUGGACAAGGCCUGCUUGGGCGGCUUACCCUCCAACGCCUACUCGGCCAUAAAGACUCUGGGAGGGCUGGAGACAGAGGACGACUACAGCUACCUUGGCCACUUGCAGACCUGCAACUUCUCUGCAGAGAAGGUCAAGGUCUACAUCAAUGACUCAGUGGAGCUAAGCCAGAAUGAGCAAAAGCUGGCGGCCUGGCUGGCCAACAAGGGCCCCAUCUCUGUCGCCAUCAACGCCUUUGGCAUGCAGUUCUACCGCCAUGGGAUCUCCCGCCCACUGCGGCCCCUCUGCAGCCCUUGGUUCAUUGACCAUGCUGUGCUGCUCGUGGGCUACGGCAACCGCUCUGCCAUUCCCUUCUGGGCCAUCAAGAACAGCUGGGGCACUGACUGGGGCGAGGAGGGUUACUACUACUUGCAUCGUGGGUCCGGGGCCUGUGGAGUGAACAUCAUGGCCAGCUCAGCGGUGGUGAACUGAGGAGAUCCAGCUCAGGACCUGGCGCUGACUAGAGCCGCCCCUUCCCCAGGAGGCAUGGCCAGCUGUGUAUCCAGGCCCCUCCCCAGGAGGCACGGCUGGCUGAGGGAGGGGCACCGGGUACCUUAGGGUGAGCAGAGGGCACUGGACCAGGGGUACAGCCCUCCCCCUUACCCCCCACUCCCACUCUGAAGUUCCCCAGUUGCACCUUUGUUGAAUUAUGGUCGCUAAGAUGGCCUUGGGGUGAAGGGUGAUGUCUGGGCAGCUGAAGCUGGGGCAGGAACCCUGGGCUCGGGCAAGGAGCAGGAGGGAAGCAGCUAUUGUGGCCUUAAAUCCAGCUUGUCCUCAGCGGGCUCUGGCUUCCUGCCCCGGCUUCCCUCUGUCUCAUGCUAUAAACUCUGGUCCCCCUGGGUUUGGGGACAGUGUUCCCUUCCAUGUCUAGACAAACUGUUGUAACAACCCUUUUCUAACAGCAAUAAAGAGGUGUCCUGAGCUCCA